AUCAACUACUCGCGUACUGGCGACAUGUUUAACGAACACGAUUUUUAAAUUACGAAUGAGAAUUUUGAAUUACGAAUUCGAUGACAGAUUAAAAAAGUUUCGGUUCAAUUUGUAGUGUUGUGCCACUAUCGGUGUUAGAAGUUAAAUCGAUGGGCGUUCGAUUUUUAAAGUGCAAAUGACAUUUGGCGCGGCUGUUUAUAAUUAAAUUGCUAAAGGUUGCAUCCAAGACUAAGGCCCAGUGUAUAGUGAGAUAUGACAAUAGUCUGAGUUUAUCAUAUCGUAGUGCGUGAAAUAGUGUAGUCAUGAGUUAUAAACUUUUUUUAUUGGUGUGUGCAACACUAUGGUGUUUCUAUUGGGCCACGGUUGCAGCGCAGACGAAGGCCGGGUCCCCUUCUUCGCAGAUACCGAGAACCCGGUUUACCUGCCAUGGACGAGUGGCAGGGUACUACGCAGACGUGGAGACGGGCUGCCAGGUAUACCACAUGUGUGAUGGUCUCGGCCGCCAGUUCAGCUACACCUGCCCCAAUACCACGCUGUUCCAGCAACGGAUGCUGAUCUGCGACCAUUGGUACAUGGUGAACUGCUCCAAGUCGGAGAGCGACUACGACGCCAACCUUCUAAUAGGUCAGCGUGAUAAACCGUUCGUAUCUGAAGAGGAGAUGCGCCUGCGCACACCACGCCCUGACAUCUUGUCUGUACCGCCCAACAACAACUACUACGAUGGACUCAGAGAAGCAGAGUCUAAGUUUCCGGUCCACCCAGGAAACAGCAUCGUCGGCAUUGCUGAUACAAUAUCAAAUGUUAACAACAAUGGUUUAGAUAGCGGCAAGAAUUACAGACCUCCAACAUCAUGGUCUACCGGCGUCGGAGACAGAGGUCAAUCUUCAAAUAACAAGCCGGUCGUCAAUCAAGAGCAGACUCAUGACAAUAUAGCUGGUGCUGCAUCACAAACCUUUACACCAACCUUCAGCACUCCUCAGGAUACUGAAGCAUCUGUUUCGCAAACUACCAGAAAACCUAAUAAUAAAAUUCCAACUCUAGAUUUAAAUCCACUACUACCUCCAUUCUCGACUACAACUGACUCUUCCACUUCUGCUGAGAUGAAUAUUGAUCUCAGAAUGGGAACAGAUUCAUCAGAAGAUCCAGUAUACAACUUCAUUAAACGUUUCGAUCCUAAUGCACCGAAUUCUCAUAAAACAGCUAUGACCAGAUCCGAAAUAAUAAAUAUUAAUGAACAUCUGCCAGCUGGUCAAGUAAGUUCCGAAGACGAGAGAACUCCACGGAAGAGUAAAAAUGAAGGAAACUUUAAUACAGUUCAGCAGGACAACGAUAAGAACUUUUCAGAAAAAUCUAGAUUUGAUUCUGUUAAUAUAAAGUCCACUUUUACAACGGAACCAUCUUUUAGGUCUACAGAUAAUGAACCAAAAGUGAAUCAAGUACCACUACCGGAAAAAGAUUUAUUGCCGCCAAAAACUGAUUUCUCUGAGCAACCAGCAUCAACUAUGGGUCCGCCGAUCUAUUAUGAGUGGAAAUGGGCAGUACCCGCGUUCGAUUUCGAUCUCCCUAAGCAGAACAACGCUACAGAUGAUGCUGAACAAAAUCCAAAAGUCAUUCAGGGGCGUAGUCCCUUCAGUUCUGUUACACGACCUCCACCCGUAACGGUAGAUCCCACUCCAAGUAACACAGAGUACAAUAUUAGUUCUUACUUCGUACCUGAUUAUGUUUUUCCCUUGGAUAAAGCACAUCCAGGAUAUGAGGAGGAUAACGCUGAAACGUCGUUCCAGGUAAAGGUUUCAAGACCUGGGAGAGCUAGUUUUGGGGAGAAUCCUAAUUGCCCGCAUUGCCACCCCGCUUACCUCAAACCUGGUUCAUGUGAGCCCUGUAUUGUGAAGCGGUAACACCCUAUUUUGUUAUAGUAAAAGUCUUACGAUACUUAGUAAUUAAUCAAAGAAAGCCAUUGUACUAAUUUUGUACGCAUUAAACUGUAAAUAUACAUUCAGUCUAAAUAAUUAAUUAUAUUAUAAGCAAUUGACUACAUUUCGAUUCUUGUUUAAAGCGCAGAAAAUAAUGUAAGUACACAAAUCAAAUCAAAAUAUCUUUAUUUAUGUAGGUUUAUUACGUACUUUUAUGAUAUGUUACAUCUACCGUCAGUUCGAAGUGCUUUUGAGCUGAGAAGAACUGGCAAGAAACUCAGCGCAGACUCUUUUCAGAUGAGAUGGUUACAAAAAUACAGAUUCAUUUUAUAAUUCAAUUUGAGAGAAUAUAGUGACCACCAGCAUAUGCUAUUGCAUUUUUAUCAAAAAGAAGUAAUUUAAUUAUUAGUCUUAAUGCAAACAGACCAGUUCUUAGAAGCAACACCCGUUCACGAGUAUGACGGACAAAAAGUUCUAAAUCUCUACUACUUUUUUCAAUAGGUAACACUUAAUAUUAAGUCAAUGAAGUCGUGUUAUUAUAAUAAUUAAUAACUAAUGAAAUAUUACUUUAUUAUUGUUAGAAAAUGCUGUUAUUUCCGUUUGGUUUUAUUUAGCAUUUAUCUCCGACAAAUAUAGCUGUAUUUAAAUUAUUAAUUAAGGAUUCAUUU